AUGGCGAGCUCGGUGGGACACAAACUACGCCUGCUCAGCACUCCAGCCGGUCCAACCCACUCCCGACUCCAUCGGCUAACCGCGACUCGCUUCCAUCAUCCACCUCCUACCUUCACCCUCAAUCAACCGGUCCUUCCCCAGUACCGUCCCUUUAGUUCCUCAAGCAUGGCUGCGACCGCCUUCAAGAAAAUCAAGGUUCAGGGAAAGCUUGUUGAGAUUGACGGGGAUGAGAUGACCCGCAUCAUUUGGCAUAGAAUCCGACAAGACCUCAUCUUGCCAUUCUUAGAUAUCGAUUUACUCUACCAUGAUCUAUCGAUCCAGAAUCGGGAUGCGACAGACGACCAAAUCACAAUAGACGCUGCCGAGGCAAUCAAAACGCAUGGCGUGGGCGUCAAAUGUGCCACGAUCACUCCCGACGAAGCCCGCGUGAAGGAGUUCAAGCUGAAGAAGAUGUGGCCCUCUCCCAACGGGACAAUCAGAAACAUUCUUAAUGGGACAGUUUUCAGGGAGCCGAUCAUAUGUCAAAUCGUCAAGCGGCCUGUACCCGGUUGGACGGCCCCGAUCGUCGUCGGUCGACAUGCUCAUGCAGAUCAGUAUCGUUCUCAGGGUCUCAAGGUCGAAGGCGAGGGCGAGCUGGAGUUAGUCUUCACUCCUGCAGAAUCUAACAAGCCUGCCCAACGACUAUCGAUUCACAAAUUUGGUCCGAAUGGAUCGGGCGUCGGCCUGGGGAUGUUCAAUACUGCACAAUCGAUCGACGACUUUGCCCACAGCUCGUUCAAAAUGGCCAUUUCUAAGAAAAUUCCAAUGUACUUAUCGACGAAGAAUACGAUCCUCAAAGCUUAUGAUGGGAUGUGGAAAGAUCGGUUCCAGGAAAUCUACAACAAAGAAUAUAAAGACGAAUUUGAGAAGCUGGGGAUCUGGUACGAACAUCGACUGAUCGAUGACAUGGUCGCACAAAUGAUCAAAUCAUCCGGCGGGUUCUUGAUGGCAUUGAAGAACUAUGAUGGAGAUGUCCAAUCGGACAUUGUUGCACAGGGCUUCGGUUCAUUAGGUUUGAUGACGUCAGAAUUAGUCACACCUGAUGGCAAGAUUAUGGAAAGUGAAGCAGCUCAUGGAACCGUCACUCGGCACUAUCGAGAACACCAAAAGGGUAAUCCCACUUCCACCAAUUCAAUUGCAUCAAUCUAUGCUUGGACUCGCGGGUUGAAAUUCAGAGGCCAAGUGGAUUCUAACCAACCGUUGGUCGACUUUUCCAACAUCCUCGAAAGCUGUUGCGUCGAAUCUGUGGAUAAGGAUCAGAUCAUGACCAAAGAUCUGGCUAUCUCGAUCUGGGGCAAGGAUUCAAAGAAAUACGUUACCACUGAACAAUUCCUGGAUCACAUCAAGGACAAACUAACGAAAAAGGUUGCAAGCCAUGUCAAGUUAUGA